AUGCUUCCAGCGACGGCGUCGAUAGAACUUGCAGGCCCUGUUGGCAACAACGCCCAGAGUAGGACCACAAUAUCCGACGUGAGCGAAGUGCGCACAAAAUGCUGGACUCGUUUCGUCCAGGCGGCGGAGGAAGCGCCGUCGCCGACAGAGCAGUCGGAAGAUGAACGCCGGAAGCCCCGCGUUUCCAAGUUCUCCCACGCCACGGCACACACCACCGACACCAAUGGCGUGAAGCGCAAGCGCUCCUUCCGCCCCAUCUUUCACACCUUCACGCAGGCGGAUCUCGCUCUGAAACAGCGGGCCGCCGAUGUGGACAGCAAGCGCACGCGGCGCCUCUUCCAGGCGCGCAGCUCCUCCGAGGGCAUAUUGGAAGAAAGGCAAAAUUGUUUGGGUCGGCUCACCAGCCACCCAGUGUUCGACACCUUCUUCGCGUUUCUUGUGGUGUCGAAUACCAUCUUCAUUGGCAUUGAGGUGCAGGAGACUUUGUCACACCCGGGGGAGCGACCGACGGUCUUCUAUGUGGUGCAGUACGUCUACACUGGACUGUUCACGCUCGAGCUUUUGCUAAGAGUGGCGGCGGAAGGUUUGCGGUUCUUCUGCGCGGAGGACUGGGCAUGGGGCUGGCUGGACCUGAUCGUCGUCGUGAGCAGCCUUACUGAGGUGGCCUUUGACAUCCUUGAGUCACAGGGCGUGACGAACAUGACAGGAUUGCGGGCCUUCCGCGUUAUCCGUAUCACCCGCUUCCUCAAGACCCUUCGCCUGGUGCGGGUCUUCCGCUUCGUGAUGGCCUUGAGGACCCUGAUCACAUCCAUUAUGUACACGUUGCGCUCUUUGUUCUGGGCUUUAGUCUUGCUGGCACUGAUCAUCUACGUCUUCUCGGUGCUCCUGGCACAGGCGGUCAGCGAGCAUCGCCUCUCGGGCACAUCGAGUCUGCCCGUCGAGACCACAGACGCCGCCACCAAGUACUUCAGCACCCUCCCGCGAACUAUGCUCACGCUGUUUAUGGCCAUCUCGGGCGGGGUGAGUUGGGAGGAAGUGGCAGCUCCGCUGGAGGCCAUCUCAAUGGUCUGGCUGUUCGUCUUCCUCUUCUACGUGGCCUUUACGUACUUCGCGGUCCUGAACGUGCUGACCGGCGUGUUCUGCCAGAGUGCCAUCGAGAGCGCGCAGAACGAUCACGCGAAUGUGGUCCAGUCCAUGCUGGCCAACAAGGAAGCCCACGUGGAGAAAAUCCGAGCGCUUUUCAGCAAGCUGGGCGCCGAGAGGGAUGGCAUCAUCACGUACUCCAUGUUCGAGCAGGGGAUCAGCUCCCAGGCGGUGGUGGAGUAUUUUGAAACCUUGG